ACCACAAAAAUGAUUCAAGUUGAGACGUGGUUAUACUGUUUACCUAUCACAACUCCAAAAAUCCUAUCCACAUCUGCUGCUACGAUCUCCUAUCCCUUUUCCUCCACUUAAAUGCAUUCAACAUUACUUAUGGAAACAUACAAUUAUAUCAUUUUAUCACACUUAGCCCAUUCUCUUCUUCAACAAAUAAGAAGAAAAUGGCACAAGCAAUGCUAUUAAUGCCUGGUAUUUCUACUAAUACUCUUGAUUUCAAUAGAAAUGCAUUGCUUAAACUUCAAAUUCACAAGAUUAAGCCUAAAUCUUCAUCUUCUUAUCUCUUUUUCUCUCCUCUUCCUUCUUCUUCUUCUUCCUCCUCUGCGUUAAGGACACUUGCUAUCUUCAAGCCCAAAACCAAAGCUCCUGCUAAGAAGGUGGAAAAGAAGCCAAAGCUACAAGUUGAAGAUGGACUGUUUGGAACAUCCGGAGGAAUUGGGUUCACCAAGGAGAAUGAGUUGUUUGUGGGUCGUGUUGCUAUGCUUGGAUUUGCUGCAUCAUUGUUGGGAGAAGCUAUAACAGGAAAGGGAAUAUUGGCACAACUAAAUUUAGAAACUGGGAUUCCAAUCUAUGAAGCAGAGCCAUUGUUACUAUUCUUCAUCCUGUUUACAUUGUUGGGAGCAAUAGGAGCUCUUGGAGACAGGGGAAGGUUUGUGGAUGACCCUCCCACUGGCCUUGAAAAGGCUGUUAUUCCUCCUGGUAAAGGUGUUAGAUCUGCUUUGGGUCUCAAGGAAGGAGGUCCUCUAUUUGGAUUCACAAAGGCAAAUGAGCUAUUUGUGGGAAGAUUGGCACAACUAGGGUUUGCAUUCUCAUUGAUAGGAGAAAUUAUAACAGGAAAGGGAGCACUUGCACAACUCAACAUAGAAACAGGAGUUCCAAUCAAUGAAAUAGAGCCAUUAGUAUUAUUAAAUGUUCUCUUCUUCUUUGUUGCUGCAAUUAACCCUGGUACUGGUAAAUUUAUCACUGAUGAGAAAGAAGACUAAUUACUUGUAUUCUUUAUGCUUGUAACAUCAAAUUCUCAAGGCAUGAGAACAUAAACUACAUUAUUCAGAUACAUUUUGAAUAUAUAAUAAUAUAAUAUGCCUUUAUAUAGUUUUCUUA